UCCACACAGGACUGUACCGCGCAGCUCAGUAGCACCACGGAGCGACAUUAACAUGGCGCUGGCAGCCACAUAACGGUACCCACCAUAAUAAUCAUAAUACCUAGACCAAAUACAGCGGCGGGACAUGUGAGGGCGACAGCCUCAAGACAGCAGGUUUGUCCAGGUUUUCCAGCAUGUUUGGGAAGAAGAAAAAGAGGCUGGAGAUUUCAGCUCCGUCUAACUUCGAGCACCGGGUCCACACGGGUUUCGAUGCGCGGGAGCAGAAGUUCACGGGCCUGCCCCAGCAAUGGCAGAGUCUCCUGGCAGACACAGCCAACAGGCCGAAGCCCAUGGUAGACCCCUCCUAUAUCACGCCCAUACAGCUGGCUCCUAUGAAGACCAUAGUUCGAGGGAACCGUCCCCCGAAGGAUGCGUCCAUCAAUGGUCUCCUGGAGGAGUUCGACAGCAUAUCUGUGACACGUUCCAACUCCCUACGUAAAGAAAGCCCUACGGGCUCCCACCAGGCUGGGGCCCCCAAACCCGCCUCCCACCACCCCCAACACCCCCACCCCAACGAGGAGAACGGCUUCAGCCACUAUUACUCCCGGUACUCCUGUGACCUGGACACCUCCAGUAGGGACUUCUCUCUGGAGCCCUACAGGAAGGACAGUAAAGGCUUUGCUCCAGAUGGUGACUGGGCCGUGGGGAGACACUACCGCUUCCCCAAACAGAACGGCCACCUCACCCACRCCACCCGCAUCCCCUUCUACCCCGACGCCAUGCCUCAGAAGGCCGAUUACGCCAAGCUGCCUCCGGACUACCACACCUACCUGGAGAGCAAGGUGGCGGGGGCGCGCUCGGCCGACGAGGUGGGAUCAGGGUCCGGGGUGGGCAGCGGAGGGGGGUCCGCCGGGUCCACGACAGGGGGGUACUACCGUGCGUCCGUAGGUGGCUCGUCCAGUCAGGACUACCGGGACGCGUCAAUGGUGGGGACGCCGUCCCGCACAUCGCUGCACAGCGAGCAAAUCAACUACCCGGACAGCGAGUGGAGCUACAGCGGCGUGUCCAGAGAYGAGUACGAGAAGAGGCCCAAGUCGUCGUAUGUGAGGCAGAACAGCCCCACGCCGGCCAUCAGACAGCGCUCCAGGUCGGGGUCUGGCCUCCAGGAGCCCAACGUGCCCCACAGGGCCAGCGGGGUCUUUAAGAGUCCUCCUCAGACACACCCCUACAGCUCCUACACCUACCCACGCCUCUCAGAGACACUCACCAACUCACAGGCCAUGGCCAAGGGUGAUUACGACCGGCAGUCACGGGACGGGAGUCCCCAGGUCCCAGGGUCUGACACGUACCCCCGCGGGCCCCUCAAACUACCUCAGAGUCACAACAAGCCCUCUGGCUACCCCCCCGGACUCCAGUACCCCCCUGUGUUCCACCACUACAAACCCUCCCCCUACCACCACCCACCCUCACAGCCCAGCCCGCCAUACACCCCACAGGGGGCAUAUUCCCAGCCAUCGUCCCUCUACAUUCCCCUGGGGGCUUACCCCCCUCCUUCCUGGGGCUCCAGUUCAGACACCCAGCCAUCCAGGGUCUCCCACGAACAGUUCAGGGCCGCCCUGCAGCUCGUCGUCAACCCAGGUGACCCCAGGGAGUACUUGGACAGUUUCAUAAAAAUUGGCGAGGGCUCGACGGGCAUUGUGUGCAUUGCCAGCGAGAAGCACAGUGGCAAGCAGGUGGCAGUCAAGAAGAUGGACUUGAGGAAACAGCAGAGGAGAGAACUGCUCUUCAACGAGGUGGUGAUCAUGAGGGACUAUCACCAUGAGAACGUGGUUGACAUGUACAACAGCUACCUGGUCGGAGACGAGCUCUGGGUCGUUAUGGAGUUCCUGGAGGGCGGGGCCCUGACGGACAUUGUYACUCACACGAGGCGUAGCAGGGGCGUUCAGGCGUGUUCAGGCUUGUCAGACGUGGUUCGGCAAACCACAGUGUGUGUGUUGGUGUUGAGGGCUCUAUCGUACCUCCACAUACAGGGAGUCAUCCACAGAGACAUCAAGAGUGAUUCUAUCCUCCUGACCAGCGAUGGACGGAUCAAGCUGUCAGACUUUGGCUUCUGUGCCCAAGUGUCCAAAGAGGUGCCCAAGAGGAAGUCUCUGGUGGGCACGCCCUACUGGAUGGCACCAGAGGUCAUCUCACGGUUACCCUACGGCACAGAGGUGGAUAUCUGGUCGUUGGGCAUCAUGGUGAUAGAGAUGAUCGAUGGGGAACCCCCGUACUUUAACGAACCCCCUCUACAGGCCAUGAGGAGAAUACGAGACAACCUGCCCCCACGGCUAAAGGAGUCACACAAGGUAUCGUCGGUGCUGAGGGCUUUCCUGGGCYUGAUGUUGGUUAGAGAGCCGUCUCAGCGAGCCACAGCCCAGGAGCUGCUCCAGCACCCCUUCCUCAAGCUCUCGGGUCCCCCAUCCUGCAUCGUCCCCCUAAUGAGGCACUACCGCCACCGCUGACCUGACCUCCCGCCACCAGGGCGGCGCUCCACACCUUGCCAAACAAACACACACCUGACCUGAGAGACUACGCCACUAAAACAAACGCUCACACCUGUAACCGUGCAGUAGUUUAGCUUGAGGAAUUGUUUACAAAGAAAAGAUUAAAGAAAAAUGUGAUAUCCUCUAUUUUGAGAAACACUAUAUAAAGUUCAACACUGGAGUAUAGGGAAAUAUACUGUAGGAGUCUCAGUCUUCUGUGGCCGACUUGCUGCCUGUCCUGGCGCCAAAUGCAAACAAGAUUAGCCUCUUGGUUUGAACUCUUUGGGUUCUCUAGGCUGUUAGACCAGUAGAGAUUUGUAGGGUGGGUGGUCCUGGUGCAGUUUCCUCUCUUCUUGUCUGUAGGGUUAUACUGUAGUAACCAUUGACUAGAGCGUAGAUGGUGUGAGGUGAUUGGCUGAGACUGCCUGGCUGGCUGCCAUGUUGAGGGACCCAGGAGACAUGCCAACCGCCCCGGAUAUGAGCAGUCCAUCUCAGAACAAUCAGGAAGCAGCGUUUGGUGAUGUCAUAGUGGGAGCGGUAUGGUUGUGUCUUAGUYUGACUGGAAGACARGCUGUUCUCCUAUUGGCGGAAUUAAACAUCGCACUUUUCACUUCUCUCGUCUCACACUAAUAGUGAAAAUGUAUUUUAGAGAAAGUUUUUCUGUACAGUUUUGAUAAUUUGCAGUAUUUUAUUGUGUCGUAACUAUUGGGAUAUGGGCAGUAUUACAUAUAAAUCAGAGUUUCUGCGAAGAUCUUUCUUACUGUUUAUAAUAAUACAUUUUUGAUUAAGAAUUUAAGAGAUAUCCCAAAUAAACCAACUCUUAACUGUUACAAAAAUAAACCUGAAUAUAUUUAUUAUCCCACAUUUGUAGAGAGAAUCUCCAUUGAGUUUGUAAAAACGCGUAAUGCCAGAAUGUUGUAUGCUGUUUUAAAGUUUGUAUUUAUUUUUUUUGAAUUGAAGGUUUAUUUUUUGCUAGUGUGGCCUUUCUUUCUUUUUGAUUUACAUUUAUAAAUAUCAACAGCCAGACAGACAGUGAUAUUGGUUAUAUCAUACAAGCAAUACCACAAACGUAUCUAUCAUCACCAAUGUAGUAAUCUUUUGACAAUGUAAUUUAACACAAAUCACACGUAGCACUGUUUUAGUGGAUUGGCAGGAAGAGUUUAUUUGAAACAGAGCCAUUUUCUUUACUCAUCAUCACACUCCUAUAAAUUCAAAGGGCACUCAUACAAGACUCCUACAGUAAUAUCUGAGCUUCUCAGUCUGACACACACACAGUGAUAAAAGGUCUUAUUUUCCACUCUCACACAACUUGGCUGUUAUCUGUUUCUUAUCUUACCAUGCACACACGCACACACGCACGCACUCACACACAUGCACGCACUCACACACGCACGC